UUUGGGCAAGUCUCUAAAGAUAACUGAAGAUACAUAUAAGGUGAUUCGUUCGUCUCCAGUAUUUUAGAAUGAAAAGCGACUGAAGACAAAAAAGAUGUGGUUAAGGGCACUCAUCUCACUGCUCCUGGUCCAAUACAUAGCUGGCACGUGCAAUGUGUGCCAAAGUGACAGCAAAGUGGCUUGUCAUAAUGAAACCACUUUUUCAGUCUGUUAUGACGGAGUGCCAUCAUAUAAUUUCCUAUCAUGUCCAACGGAUUUUUAUUGCACCGAUGGUUUCUACACCUGUUAUCUAAAUGCCGAUCCAGUUUGCAAGUCAGAAAAGGAGACCACGACCACUGAGAUCCCGACUACCACUACACCUACUGAGAUGCCGACUACCACUACAACUACUGAAAUCCAGACUACCUCUACAGAGAUCUCAACUACCAGCUCAACAACUGAGAUCCCGACUACCACGACAACCACUGAAAUUCCUAAAACCACCACAACUACGGAGAUCCCUUCCACCACCACCACGACGGAGGGUCCGUGGAACGCCGAUGAUAUCUGUCAGCAAGCCACAAAAAACACCUUUUUUGAAAACGAAGAUGAUCCAACCUGUGCAACAUAUAUAACAUGUACCGUUGAUAGUGAGGGAACACAUUCUACGAAAAUCACGUCGUGCAAGGCUAAUCAAUAUUUCAGUGCAAGCUUAAAGGUUUGCACUUCCACAAAACCGGAUGGAUGUUCGGAAGUGACCACAACCACUGUGGCCACCACAACCACCGUGACCACGACGACCGCCAGCACGACCACAGCCGAGCCCUGGAGUGCAGAGGAAACCUGCUCGACUGUCACCAAGAACACUUUGUUUCAAAACAAAGAUGAUCCGACCUGCGCUACAUAUUUAUACUGUUAUGUCGUUAAUGACUCAACUUUAGCUUUAAUAAAGAGUUGCAAAACAAACCAAUACUAUAAUGUAGAAGAAAAACUCUGCGAUGAUACCAAGCCUGAUUAUUGCACCUAAGCUCAGAGGUUUCUAUAUUAUCAGAUGCAUCGUUUGCCAAUAAAUCAUUAAUAACAAGCAUA